AUCGAGUGUUAGAAUUCCUGAUAAAAAAAACUCAGUGUGUCUGCAAAUUAGUAGUCUGAGGCAGCUCUGGUCAUUUUUUUUUUCGUUUUUCAUUGGCAGAAAAUAUGAAUCGCUGGGAAGGACGUGUGGCCAUCGUGACCGGUGCGAGUGCUGGAAUCGGAGCAGCAAUUGUAAAGACUCUCGCUUUGAACUCGAUGAGAGUGGUCGGAGUGGCUCGCAGGGAGGAUAGAGUUCAGGAAUUGGCUAAGGAACUGAAGGAAAAUGGUGCGAAAGGAGAAGUUUUCGCUAUCAAGGGAGAUGUGUCUAAUGAGGAAGACGUCAAACGAGUAAUUCAGUGGACGAGGGAAAAACUUGGUGGUGUGGACGUUCUGGUUAAUAACGCCGGUGUGGCUCCUAAUUGUGGCUUGGCAGCGUUCAAGACUGAAAACCUCAGGAAAAUUUAUGACACAAACGUCAUCGGCUUGGCUUUGUUUGCCAGGGAAGCCAUUCAAGAUAUGCAGGCAAGGGGUGUUGAUGAUGGUCAUAUUUUCAACAUCAACAGUAUUUCGGGUCAAUAUGUCAUCCAGAUGCCUGGCAUUUACGCCUAUGCUGGAAGUAAGCACGCGGUAACCGUGAUGACGGAGGGUCUUCGACGGGAACUCAGGGACCUCCAGACAAAGAUCAGAGUCACUAGCAUUAGCCCGGGAUUGGUCAGGACAGAAAUCGCAGUCGCAGGUGGUGCCUCAGAGGAAGUUGCGAAAAAAUUUUACGACGAAAGCCCUUGCCUAGAAGCGCAAGACGUGGCUGACGCUCUUUUGUAUGCACUGGGAACACCACCACACGUGCAGAUCCAUGAAUUAACAAUGCAUCCCACUGGAGAAAAAUUUUAAUAUCAUUUGCUUAAAAGUUAAUUUGAAUAAUAUUAAAAAUUUAUUUGAAAAAAGUGCGAAUAGAAAGUGGAGAAAAAUCUAACAAACAAUUUUAUUUAAAUUAUAUUCCUUUCCAGCUGACCUGAAUUUAAAAGUAUCAAGGAAAAGCUGACUUUAUGAUAAGAAAAAAAGCAACAAUAAGACGUUAAUGAGUGAAAAUUGUUAUUUUUUGAAACGGUGAAAAAUCUUACCAUUUAUUAACGCGGCUUUUUUGCCGGUUUAAAUAAAUUUAAAAGUUCCUAAUUGAGGGGCACACAAAUCAGAAUUUCAUAAAAAUUAAUGAGACUUGAUUAAAAUGCUUAAUAAUGAGGAGAAAAAAGAGCAACAAUAAGACGUUUGCUGCGUCGUUCGCUGUUUAAUAAGUGAAAAUUGCCAUUUUUCGAAACGAUGAAAAAUCUUUCUACUUGUAAAUGCGGCUUUUUACGUGACAUAAUUUUAUUUUUCUUUCAACUUUUGUGUGCAGGGGAUUACAAAGUACAUAGUAAACAGGGACGUUAUUUGUUUGGUCCUAGGAUACGAAGAAUUUUUGGUUUUUAAUGCUGCAGAUAACGAGGCAAAGAAAUUUUAGAUCAAUUUUAAUUUAUUAAAAAAUUAUAUGUAAAUUCACAUAAAAAAAUUAACAUUCUCUAAAAAAUAAGUUUAAUCUGUUUUUCAGGUCUCAAAUUUUAU